AUGCUAAACUCAGGCGCUGACACUGGAGUACAAAACACUGCUAAAAUGACGGCUCUACAUAAGGCAAUAUUGUACAAACACGAAGAUGUCAUUGAAAUGUUAUUUGAGGCUGGUGCUCCACUCAAUAUCAAAGGAGGAAAGUUCAAAAGAACACCACUGCACUUAGCAGUGGAUUUAGAGAAUAUGGAACUGGUAAAGCUUUUACUUAGGAAGCAUGCUUCACUGACUGUAAAAGAUCAUAGAGGGCAUUAUCCAAUACACAUUGCUGCUAUUAGAGGUAACGUUGAAAUACUUCGUGAGCUAUACGCUGCUGACCGUACACAGGACAAACUACGUAUUUCAUCAUAUGGUACAAAAUCUGUCAUCAAAGGCAUGUCCUUGUUCCAUGUUGCAGUCUGGAAGAAAAAUGAAGAGCUCCUAAAUGCAUUGAUUGAUCUAAGAGCGGAUCCAAAUGUUCAAGAUUUCUAUGGUCAGACACCUUUGUUCUUCGCAAUAAUGAAGAAGCAAGAAGACUGCAUUAGAAAACUGUUAGAGUAUGAAAGAACUAAUAAGAGAAAACCGCAAAAGCAAGGUUUUACCCCUCUCCAUGCAGCAAUUCAUAAAAAUCUAGAUGAAAUUGCAAAACAGUUGGCAAGGUACUCUGAUGUAAAUGCAAGGGAUAAGUAUGGAAGAACCCCGCUCCAUGCUGCAUGUGAGAAGGCCAAGCUUCAGCUAAUACGAACUCUUCUCGUACAAUAUGGAGCAGACCCAAGAAUAAUCACAAAGAGAGGGGAUACAGUUUACCAUAUUCUAAGAAGAAGCAAGAAAAAACUGUCUGAAAAUGAAGUUGAUAAUUCACAACAGGCUGAGCAGUUGAUAAGUGAAUUUGAUCCAGAAUUCGCUAAACAGCUGCCAAACUUGAGGAAUAAAGCUGGUGUAGUUAUUAAAGUGAGAACAACACGACAACCACCUGACAGUAUCAGAAAACUGCUGAAUAUCAUUGCUCAGGCUGCGCCUGUAGACUACGAUUUCGGAGGAGAGGACUUUGAAUCAGUUCACGAUGACUAUGAUGAUGGUGACAUGUACGAUGACAAUGAUUUCCUGCAAGAUAUGUAUGAAGAUUACGAUGAUGGGUACGAACCUGAUGACUUUUACUAAAAUGGUUUAAUCGCAACAGGAAAUCGAAAAGCAGUGUUUGUUUUUUUGUUUUUUUGUUUGUUUUUUUUUGUUUUUUUUUUUUUUUUUUUGUUGUUUUUUUAUUUUUUGUUAUAUUGACUUUAAAUUGAGUUGUGUAUUUAAUUAAAUGAUUUUGAGUUUAAUGUCAAUAUGAACACGAAGAAAUGAGCAAAUUGACAGACGAUGAUAUAUUUAUUUAGCUCACCAUUAUACGAUUUUCUAGUUCUGGCAAACUGAGCCAACCACUGAUAAUUGUACGAAAAUCAGUGAAAGUGUGACAAUUUAUGCAAAACGAUCAAUGUCAAUGUUUAUUUCUGUGGCAUCUUGUUUAGUAAGUUCUCAGCGAAUGUUUUUCUUGACUUUGACUUUUUACCUGUUUACAUUUGAUUUUUUAUCAUUUGUUUCAAAUGUAUUAUACCGACGGAUGUAUUGUGUAAUUUAUGUUUGCUAUGUUGCAUUGCGUAUUUUCAAAACUACUUUAAGGUCCGCAUGCUUAGCUCAGUAGGGAGAGCGCAGUUCUACGGAAAGCGGGGUCGUGAGUUCGGUCCCCGGGCGGGGCGUAUGUUCUCUGUUACGAUUUGAUAAAAGACAUGGUGUCUUAAAUCAUUCGUCCUCCAUCUCUAUUCUAUGUGGGGAAGUUGGCAACUACUAGAGGAGAACAGGUAUGUACUGGUACAGCAUCCAGGAACACUGUUAAGGUUAACUGCCCACCGUUACAUAACUAAAAUACUGUUGAAAAUCGGCGUUAAACCAAAAACAAACAAAGAAACAAAACUACUUUAAAUAGCAAAUGACUGAUCAAAGCUUACGUAUAUUGUGCCUGUUUAUAUUUCAUUUGUAUGUAUGCACGUGUGUACGUAUAUUUCAGAAAUAAAUAAGUUUUACGCUAA